GGUGAGGUGAUGAACCUGCUCAUGUUCCUGUCCACGUGGGAUGGGAAGGUCCCUCAACCGGCCAUCCUGAAGCCGCGCCCGCUCUGGACCGGGAAGCAGAUCUUCUCCCUCAUCAUCCCCGGGCACAUCAAUUGCAUCCGCACCCACAGCACCCACCCCGACGACGAGGACAGCGGCCCCUACAAGCACAUCUCGCCUGGGGACACCAAGGUGAUCGUGGAGAACGGGGAGCUCAUCAUGGGCAUCCUGUGCAAGAAGUCCCUGGGCACGUCGGCCGGGUCCCUGGUGCACAUCUCCUACCUGGAGAUGGGCCACGACACCACCCGCCUCUUCUACAGCAACAUCCAGACCGUCAUCAACAACUGGCUGCUCAUCGAGGGUCACACCAUCGGCAUUGGGGACUCCAUUGCUGACGCCAAGACCUACCAGGACAUCCAGAACACCAUCAAGAAGGCCAAGCAGGAUGUCAUCGAGGUGAUCGAGAAGGCCCACAACAACGAGCUGGAGCCCACCCCGGGGAACACCCUGCGCCAGACCUUCGAGAACCAGGUCAACAGGAUCCUUAACGACGCUCGCGACAAGACGGGCUCCUCGGCCCAGAAGUCCCUCUCUGAGUACAACAACUUCAAGUCCAUGGUGGUGUCCGGGGCCAAAGGCUCCAAGAUCAACAUCUCCCAGGUCAUCGCCGUGGUGGGGCAGCAGAACGUGGAGGGCAAGAGGAUCCCGUUUGGCUUCAAGCACCGGACGCUGCCCCCCCUCACCGAGUUCUUCUUCCACGCCAUGGGCGGGCGCGAGGGCCUCAUCGACACGGCCGUCAAGACCGCAGAGACAGGGUACAUCCAGCGGCGGCUGAUCAAGUCCAUGGAGUCGGUGAUGGUGAAGUACGACGCGACGGUGCGGAACUCCAUCAACCAGGUGGUGCAGCUGCGCUACGGGGAGGACGGGCUGGCCGGCGAGAGCGUCGAGUUCCAGAACCUCGCCACCCUCAAGCCCUCCAACAAGGCCUUCGAGAAGAAGUUCAAGUUUGACUACACGAACGAGCGGGCGCUGCGGCGGACGCUGCAGGAGGAGCUGGGCAAGGGGGUCCUGUUCAACGCCCACAUCCAGAACGAGCUCGAGAGGGAGUUUGAGAAGAUGCGGGAGGACAGGGAGGUCCUCAGGGUCAUCUUCCCCACCGGCGACAGCAAGGUGGUGCUCCCCUGCAACCUGCUCCGCAUGAUCUGGAACGCACAGAAGAUCUUCCACAUCAACUCCCGGCUGCCCUCGGACCUUCACCCCAUCAAAGUGGUGGAGGGGGUACGGGAGCUGAGCCGGCGGCUGGUGAUCGUGAACGGGGAGGACCCGCUGAGCAGGCAGGCCCAGCACAACGCCACGCUGCUCUUCAACGCCGCAUGGCCGACGAGUUCCGCCUCAGCGGAGAGGCCUUCGACUGGCUCCUGGGCGAGAUUGUGCGCCCGCCGCAUGGCCGACGAGUUCCGCCUCAGCGGAGAGGCCUUCGACUGGCUCCUGGGCGAGAUUGAGUCCAAGUUCAACCAGGCCAUUGCCCACCCUGGGGAGAUGGUGGGUGCUCUGGCCGCGCAGUCCCUGGGGGAACCGGCCACCCAGAUGACCCUCAACACCUUCCACUACGCCGGGGUCUCGGCCAAGAACGUCACCCUGGGGGACAUCCUGUGUCGCCUGGAACACACCACCCUGCGCAAGGUGACGGCCAACACCGCCAUCUACUACGACCCCAACCCUCAGAGCACGGUGGUGGCCGAGGACCAGGAGGCACCAGGGAAGACUUGGAGGUCCUGGAUGAACAUUGAGGGGUUUGUUGGAUCUUUUGGGGGGUCCUGGAUGGACGUCGAGGGCAUCUGGGGGUUCGGCGACGACCUCAACUGCAUCUUCAACGACGACAACGCGGAGAAGCUGGUUCUGCGCAUCCGCAUCAUGAACAGCGACGAGAACAAGAUGCAGGAGGAGGAGGAGGUGGUGGACAAGAUGGACGACGACGUCUUCUUGCGCUGCAUCGAGUCCAACAUGCUGACGGACAUGACGCUGCAGGGCAUCGAGCAGAUCAGCAAGGUGUACAUGCACCUCCCGCAGACGGACAACAAGAAGAAGAUCAUCAUCACGGAGGACGGGGAGUUCAAGGCGCUGCAGGAGUGGAUCCUGGAGACGGACGGCGUGAGCCUCAUGCGGGUGCUGAGCGAGAAGGAUGUGGACCCCGUGCGCACCACCUCCAACGACAUCGUGGAGAUCUUCACCGUCA